CCAACUCCAUUGUUAGGUAGGAAAGGCGUGACGACGACUAGCACGCGCAUGGACAAGGCUACGUCGUACCACCACCGCCGCGCCGUGGGCAAUGUCGUCUCCGCCGCUGCCGUCGCCGCCGCCGUGCCGGCUGCGGCUGCUGCGCUCGUCGCGGCAGCGGCUCUCCUUGCGCCGGAGGAGACGGUGAUGAUCGGGCGUGUGCGGGAGCUGAGGCCGGUGCACCUCUUCCUGGCCGUCUUCCUCCCGGCCGCCGCGGCCACCGUCUACCUCAUGAUGCGCCCGCGGGCGGUGUACCUCGUCGACUACGCCUGCUUCCGCACGGCGCCCAACUGCCGCGUCCCCUUCGCCACCUUCCUCGAGCACGCCAAGCAGGUUCCCGUGCUCACCGAGCGCAGCGUGCGGUUCAUGACGCGGCUGCUCGAGCGGUCGGGGCUCGGGGAGGAGACGUGCCUGCCGCCGGCGCACCACUACAUCCCGACGUACAAGUACUGCACCCUCGACGCCGCAAGAGCGGAGGUCGAGCUCGUGGUGUUCUCCGCCGUCGACGAAGUCUUCGCCAAGACCGGCAUCAGCCCCGACGACGUCGACAUACUCGUCGUCAACUGCAGCCUGUUCUGCCCCACGCCGUCCUUCGUCGACAUGAUCGUGCACAAGUACAAGCUGCGCGGCGACAUCCGCAGCAUGCACCUCUCCGGCAUGGGUUGCAGCGCGAGUCUCGUCUCCGUCGGCCUCGCCAGGAACCUCCUGCAGGUGGCACCCCACGGCGCGGUGGCCCUCGUUGUCUCCACGGAGACCAUAACGCCCAACUACUACGUCGGCAACGAGCGCGCGAUGCUCCUGCCCAACUGCCUCUUCCGCAUAGGCGGCGCGGCCGCUCUGCUGUCGACGUCGCCGGCGAAGGCUCGGUUCCGGCUUAAGCACGUCGUGCGCACGCUAACAGGCGGGCAGGACAGCGCGUACCGCUGCGUGUUCCAGGAGGAGGACGAGCACGGGAACAUCGGGAUCAAUCUGAGCAAGGAUCUGAUGACAAUCGCCGGCAACGCUCUCAAGUCAAACAUCACCGCCAUCGCUCCGCUCGUCCUGCCGGCGUCGGAGCAGCUCAAGUUCGCGCUGUCGUUCAUCGCGCGGAAGGCGCUGAGCGGCAGGGUGAAGCCGUACAUCCCGGACUUCUGCGCGGCGUUCGAGCACUUCUGCAUCCACGCCGGCGGGCGGGCGGUGAUCGACGAGCUGCAGCGCAGCCUCGGCCUCUCCGACGAGCAGGUGGAGGCGUCGCGGAUGGCGCUGCACCGGUUCGGCAACACGUCGAGCAGCUCGCUGUGGUACGAGCUGGCCUACAUCGAGGCCAAGGGCCGCAUGCGCGCCGGCGACCGCGUGUGGAUGAUCGGCUUCGGCUCCGGCUUCAAGUGCAACAGCGCGGCGUGGGAGUGCAUCUCGCCGGCGCGCGAUGCCGACGGGCCGUGGGUAACGUCGAUCCACAGGUACCCGGUGGACAUUCCCGACGUGCUCAAGCAUUAAUCACAGAGAGCGUCGUUGUGCUAUGGAAUAAUGCAGAGUUCAAUACUCAACAGCCGUAAUUGUCCUGUUUAUUGUGCUAAAAAACUAUUUAGAUGGUUAUAUAAACAACGGGUGGACAUUCACCCAUAUGCUAAAAAACUGCUUCUCUGUCUCUAUAUGCACUACAGAUGUCAUACAGAGUACAUGUCUGGUUAACUUGUUAUGCUGCUAUAAAGUGCUAUUGUUGACGAGAAAAAUAUACAUAUUGUUUCGUAAUCCUAAAUUUAUAUUU